AUGAAUUCAAUAUUUAGACACUCUUCUUCUCCGUCGCGUUCAACUGCCGCCAUUAUCACCCUUCUUAAGGCCUGCAAGACCAUUCAUCACCUCCACCAAGUCCACGCCUCCAUCAUCCAACGAGGUCUAGAGCAAGAUCACCUCAUCAUCUCCCGCUUCAUUUUCCUUUCCGCCUCCUUUGCCGCCACUGCUUCAUAUUACACCUCCGCCUUCGACCGCGUCCUUGACCCUUCUCCUUUUCUCUGGAACUCCCUCAUCAGAGCCCACACCAAAGGAAGUUACUUUUUUGAUGUCCUCUCUGUUUUUAUUCGCAUGAAGGCACAUGAGUCUCUUCCCGAUAGGUACACUUAUUCUUCUGUGAUUAAGGCCUAUUCAAGUGAUAUGUUUGUUGGAACCUGUUUGGUUGAUAUGUAUGGGAAAUGUGGAAAUAUUGGUGACGCUCGCAAGGUUGGGGAUAUGGUGGAGGCAAAGAGGCUGUUUGAUGAAAUGCCUCAGAGGAAUGUGGCAUCAUGGAAUGCGAUGAUAUGGGAUUUUGUUAAGGUGGGAGAUUUGGACAAUGUUAGGGUAGUGCUUGAUGCUAUGCCGGAAAAGAGUGUUGCUUCUUUCACGAUCAUGAUUGAUGGCUAUGCAAAGGCUGGUGAUAUGGCUACCUCAAGGUUCUUGUUCAACCAAGCUCCGAAAAAGGAUGUUGGUUAG